AUAGAGUUUUUGGACAAAAUACAAAUACUCAGGAAGUUUAUGAAGUAGCUGCUCGACCUGUAGUAAAGGCUGCAAUGGAAGGUGUUAAUGGAACUGUUUUUGCUUAUGGUGUUACAAGUAGUGGGAAAACACACACUAUGCAUGGAGAUCAGAAUUCUCCAGGUAUAAUACCAUUGGCUAUAAAGGAUGUUUUCAGCAUUAUUCAAGAUACUCCAGGAAGGGAGUUCUUGCUUCGUGUGUCAUAUCUUGAAAUCUAUAAUGAGGUCAUAAAUGAUCUGCUUGAUCCGACUGGUCAAAAUUUGCGCGUUAGAGAAGAUGCCCAGGGUACAUAUGUGGAGGGUAUAAAGGAAGAAGUUGUUCUGUCUCCUGGACAUGCCCUUUCUUUUAUUGCUGCUGGGGAAGAGCACCGUCAUGUUGGUUCGAAUAACUUCAAUCUGCUGAGUAGUCGUAGCCACACAAUAUUUACGCUGAUGGUCGAGAGUAGUGACCAUGGUGAUGAGUACGAUGGAGUGAUCUUUUCUCAACUUAAUUUAAUUGAUUUAGCUGGAUCUGAGAGCUCAAAAACCGAAACUACUGGACUAAGGAGAAAAGAAGGAUCAUACAUAAAUAAAAGUCUUCUUACUCUUGGAACUGUAAUUGGAAAACUAAGUGAGGGGAAGGCAUCUCAUGUUCCAUAUCGAGACUCUAAGCUUACCCGCCUGCUGCAGUCUUCACUUGGUGGCCAUGGACAUGUUUCGCUUAUAUGCACAGUUACACCUGCAUCUAGUAAUAUGGAGGAAACUCAUAACACCUUAAAAUUCGCAAGCAGGGCAAAGCGCGUUGAAAUCUAUGCAUCGCGUAAUAAGAUUAUUGAUGAAAAAUCAUUGAUUAAGAAGUAUCAAAGAGAAAUAUCAAUUCUCAAACAAGAACUUGAUCAGCUAAAGAAGGGGAUGGUUGGUGCUGUCAAUCAUGAGGAAAUUAUGAGCUUAAGACAAAAGUUGGAAGAAGGACAUGUGAAAAUGCAAUCAAGAUUGGAGGAAGAGGAAGAAGCUAAGGCUGCUCUAAUGAGUCGAAUCCAAAGGCUAACCAAGCUAAUACUCGUUUCUUCAAAGAAUACAAUACCUGGAUAUUUGAGUGAUGCACCCAGUCAUCAACACAGUCAUUCUGUCAGUGAGGAUGGUAAGUUGGAUGUUUUGCGUGAUGGUUCUUUGCUCAUGGACAGCGAGAAUCAGAAAGACUCUCCAUCAUCUGCUUUGGUAGUUCCAUCAGAUAUUUCUCAUGAUUUCUAUCAGAGAAGUUCUUCCAGCAGGUGGAAUGAUGAUUCAUCCCAAGCUGGAAGUACAAUCACUGAAUUGACUCAAACGGGUGAAUUCCUUAGUCGUUCUGCUGGUGGUUCGAAACUUCUAACAGGUGGGAUGACAAUGUCUGAUGAGAUGGACCUCCUUGUUGAGCAAGUUAAGAUGCUUGCCGGAGAGAUUGCAUUCAGCACCAGUACCUUGAAGCGCCUGGUGCAGCAGUCUGUAGAUGAUCCGGAGAGCUCAAAACCCCAGAUUGAAAACUUGGAACGUGAAAUCAUAGAAAAGAGAAGGCAAAUGAGGGUCUUGGAGCAGCGUAUUAUUGAGAGUGGUGAAGCUUCAAUAUCUAACGCCUCAUUGGUUGAAAUGCAGCAGACUCUGAUGAAAUUGAUGACCCAGUGUAAUGAAAAAGGUUUUGAGCUAGAGAUUAAAUCAGCAGACAAUCGUAUCCUCCAGGAACAGCUGCAGAACAAGUGUUCUGAGAACAAGGAACUACAAGAGAAAAUCAGUCUUCUGCAACGGCAGCUAACUUCAGUUGCUGGUGACAAAUCAUCACUUUCGACUGAACAUUGCGUCUCUGAUGAAUAUUUGGAUGAGUUGAGGAAGAAAAUUCAGUUUCAGGAGGUUGAGAAUGAGAAAAUGAAGCUAGAACAUGUGCAAAUUCUAGAAGAGAACAGUGGACUACGAGUCCAGAAUCAAAAAUUGUCAGAAGAAGCUUCUUAUGCCAAAGAAUUGGCCUCUGCUGCGGCUGUAGAACUGAAGAAUUUGGCUGGUGAAGUCACGAAGAUCUCGUUACAGAAUGCAAAACUAGAAAAAGAGUUAUUGACUGCUCGAGAGUUGUUGAAUUCUAGAGGUUCUGGUAUACAAAAUGGUAAUGUUGGUAACCGCAAGCAUAGUGAUGGCUUGAGACCCGGUCGUAAAGGCAGGCUAUCUGGCCGAGCCAAUGAAGUUUCUGGAAUGGUUUAUGAUGACUUUGACUUGUGGAACCUUCACCCGGAGGAUCUGAAAAUGGAGCUGCAGGCAAGGAAACAACGUGAGGCGGCCCUUGAAGCUGCCUUGGCUGACAAGGAACUCAUGGAAGAUGAAUACAGGAAAAAGACUGAGGAGGCAAAGAAAAAGGAGGCAGCUUUGGAAAAUGACUUAGCAAACAUGUGGGUGCUUGUUGCUCAGCUCAAGAAAGAAGGGGAACUGACCUCCAACUCAACUACUAAUGAGAGGCAUAAUAAUGGAACUGACCAUGCAAAUGACCCAAAAGCAGAUGUUGACAGCAAGGAAUCAAUCCUCAAAGAGAUGCAAGUUUUGGAUGUUACAAAACCUGCUGUUGGCAUUCCCAAUGAAGAGCCACUAGUUGCUCGUCUGAAGGCCCGUAUGCAAGAGAUGAAGGAAAAAGAGCUCAAGCUUAUGGGGAAUGGAGAUGCAAACUCUCAUGUAUGUAAAGUAUGUUUUGAAUCAACAACUGCAGCAAUGCUUCUUCCUUGCCGGCAUUUUUGUUUGUGCAAGUCUUGUUCUCUUGCGUGUUCCGAGUGUCCAAUUUGCCGUACAAAGAUUGCAGAUAGAAUUUUUGUUUUCGCUUCUUGAAGGUAAAUAAAUCUAUGUAUUUUACUCUUCAUGACUAAUAAUAAUGUAUGAUGGAUGAAUAUUGAACCAGAUGGCUAGCUUCCUUACCAUAUUACUUUACGAGAAGCGAUCUACUAUGCAAAAUUUUACAUUAAAGUAGAUUUUUUGUUUCUCAUUGAAACACACAUUUUCGAUAAUGUUAGACGAUAGUAGUUGGAAAAGUAUGAUUAUGAGUUGAUUGUAUAGAAACUCUGAAUUUCAUUCAUAAAUUAG